CUCCAAAACGCCAAAAUCAUCGUCUAAACUAAUCACAGACAAGCUUCGUAACCGUAAAAAUACACGAAUUGGACCUACGCGACCCCGAGCACCAGCUCGAGUUGUAAAAUCAGCGCUCCAUAGCCCAAUCAGCAGCGCUCCAGCCGACCAUGCUGCGCGCACUCGUCUUAACCAAGCUGGCCAUGCACGCGAACACGCUGACACCGUCGACUAGACGACGACGACUACAAACGAGACGCCCGCUCGUCACCGAGGCCGUCGACCUCGAUGCCUGCCUCUCGAGCGACGACGCGCUCGAGCCGCUCUAUGCGUCGACGCCAGAACACGGCUACGCGCGGUGCCCCGACUGCACGGCACCGGUGGACGUUGUGAGUGUCGACGCGCUGCUGUCGGCCCGCGCGUUCCACCGCGAGUGCCGGAACUACGCCGAGGCCGACUUGCUAUUGGAGCAGCUGCGCGCGGUCUGUGGCGUUGUCGUUGAUGAUGAAAAAAUGAGUUGGCGCUACUCUGACCACGCGGAAAAGCCGGCAGAGGCCGCGGAGGCCUCCCUGCCGGCGUUCGACGGCGACUCGGCGGCGCUCGACGCGGCUCUCGUAAACGCGGUCGAGGCGAUCCUGCGGCGGCGCGCCGCGGCGCAGCUGGCCAAGGACUACGUCGUCGCUGACGCGCUGCGCGACGAGCUGCGCGCGGAGUACAACGUCGCGGUGCACGACCGCGACGGUCGCUGGCGACUUCUUGAGCCGACGAAGCGAAGGCUCGUGUAAUUCUUCUUGGUGAAA